UCCUUCGAGCUCUGCUUGUUGUCCUCUUUGCCGCUCCUUCAUCCAGACUUAGCCUUCAAUAUGGACAUGGCGCCACGUUCCGUUGAGCAUGAGAUCAGAAAGAUGUAGGAAAACGGGGCAUCGGCGCAGAAAGGCUCAUCUGCGCCUCGUCGUCUCGGGACGUCGCUGGGCAAGGCGGCGUAGAGCCGGAUCACAGCCAAGGGGCCAAGCAAUCAUUGCCUCACCCUCAUCGGUUCCCUGUUCUGGGCAAACAACAAAGCCUUGCUCGUCUGAGCCGGCGGCAAAGCAACUGGGAGCAGCAUCAGUGAAACGACCAUGUUGUCAGCCGUGAGGUCUCGCCCGUUCCCCAGGCUGCAGCACCACCCAUCAUGCGGACGACGAGAUCCAGCCGUGAGAACGAGCGAGGAAAGCAAGCAAGCAAUACGUAGCUUGCUCUUCUCUCUUCUCCCAUUUUUCCA